CUCUAGCCAUAAAACUCUCAACGCCAAAAUUCAAAGAUUAUAGAAUUGAAUACCUAAUGCAUGAACUCUAAUCUACCUCCUGAAGUCAGAACCAGUUAUUUUUUGUUUCCAUUUCUACUUUUUAUAUUUUAUUUGUGUACAGAAGACUUUUUUCCCCCUAAAAUCAAGAAUUUUGAAAUUUUAACUCUAUAGCGAACAAAAUUCAAUUCAGUGCUAUUUGAAAUCAUGAAGAAUAUUUCUGUAACCAAGACGGUAUGUUCAAAAAUUUUCAUCUCUUGGAGGUUAUUCACAGAAGUCAAACAGCUAAAUUUUGACAAAGCCCCAUUUUAAACCCAAAAAUAGGUAAUUAUUCUAAUGAUUGUAACAAACUUAGUUAUUGAUGAAAUAUUUUCAAAGAGAUUUCGUCAGCGUAGAAUAUCGUUUGAUGUUAAAGCUAUGUUUUACAAGCCAAAUUUUCUUAUUUGAACUUAGUUCCUUGAUAUCUUUAGGGUCUUGAGCAUACGCACAGUAACAAGGUGCUUAAAAUCUUUGUUAAAGUGAUAACCCGGAUAAGUACUUUCAGGAACUGCCAAUCACAGUAAUCAGUAGUGCUUACAAUGAAUCAUUUGCAGAAAUUAAAAUGAGAUUUCUGGAUAUGUCGUUGGAGUGUCUCCUAAAUUAUAGUUUUUCAGCUGCAGACUCACUAAAAUUUGCCAAGUACGUGCUUGUAUUAGGAAGCUGAUAGUUUUUGAAACAACUUUAGGUGAUUUAAAUCAGGUGAAAGGAUCAUGGAUGCCCGAAACGAGAAACUCCUAGCACUUUUUCAUACUCGCAAAAAAAAAUUUGUUGCUCAGUACAAACAAUUUUUUAGAUCUUUUUCAAAAGCCAAAAGUUUUUACUUUUAUGUUUUAACAGAAUUAAUAAGAGCAGUCUCUAUAAAUAAAACAGAUGCUUUUGAAAGGCUCUGUGAUGUAAUAGAAUUUGUGAGCAUCAACAAUGAUGCAACGCAAGCAUAUCUUAAAGACCCAGAAAAUCCCUUAAGUGGCACUAAUUUAGUAAUUCUAGCUUGUAAAUAUAACAAACCAGAAAUUUUAAAACUCUUGUUUGGACAGUGCCUGAAAGUUCUGAAUAUAUUGGAUGGGAUGGAAGUUCCUCGACUAGAUUACGCAGAGAAAGAGGGUCACAGUGCCUUGUAUUAUGCUAUUAGUUCAAAUAACAUUAUUCUCCUGACUGUUCUUUUUGAGCAAUCUCCGAGCACAGUUCCCAGUUUCAACUCUAGAAAGUUUGAUGAGGUUUUCUCCAGAGCUUACAGAGAAUUAAAAUUAAAAAGGGUCCCUCUAUCUCGUGAAAUGGAAUCAUAUGUUGAAAAUAAGUUGUUGGAUCUGCGGUUUUUUUCUGAAAAUUCAGUGCAAGUUGAGCAUACUGAAAAUUACUUGAGUAAUAUCAUAAAGCGCAUUGAAUUAGUGGUUGAAAAUAUUUUUUCAUUGAAUGAGGAAUAUUCUGAAGCAAAUGUGAAUGAUAAAUUUAUACUUAUCGCAAAAUUUAUUGCACGUAACAUUUAUGUACUGAAGCGGCAACUGAAAUCAACUUAUAGGAAAUUACCGUGGGAGGAAAUUGAAUUUUGCUUGAUCUGUUUUGUAUCCUGUCAAGAGAAAAAACAAGAACUCAACAUUCUUUAUAGUCUCACCUUAAAUAAAAGCAAAAUAUUAAAAUACCUCAAAAGUUUUGCUCUAAAAUUAAAAGAUGAAAAAUUUACUGAGGAUCAUAUCGACAUCUGCAAACUUGCCGUUCUUCCUAACUUAAAGCGUUAUCAAGUGAUCCAAGAAAUCAUUCAAAACAGUCCUGAAUUUGAAAGCUUAUAUGAUGAUUACAAGAAAGUGCGGAAUAUCACCUCUUUAAGGAAAAUAAGUUUCUUUGUAACACUAGCAGUGUCUGCUAAUCCUGAAGAGAGAGAAGCUGAGCUAUUAAUUGCUAGAGCUUUGCAAGUUAUGGGCGAAUAUUUUAAAAAUACUUUGGAAUCCCCCAAGUUAUCCGACACAGUAAGUGAGCUUUUGUUAUCAUCACUAUCAAGGAACACAAGAAAAAUUAUCAUAGAUUUACGAAAUGCAUUGUCGCAUUCAUAUUCUCUAGCAAAGCGAACUAAGAUUGAAAAAAAAGGUGACAGAGAUUUUUUUGCUGGAAUCCAGAAGGAUUUAAAAAUUAUAUUACAUCAAGUCAAUGAUUUUCUCAUUCAUAAUCAGGUUGAAUGUUUUGAGUUAUUCUUAAGGAAAGUUUCUAUUGCUAAAUGCAAAGAUGAUUUGCAAGAAGUUAUAGAGACAUUAAGUUGGGAAAAUUUCAAUCAAAUGAUUCCUCAAAAUCCUGAAAUCUUAAAACUCAAAAAACUUGAGGAACUGAUGGAAGGAUUACGCAGUUAUGCAACGGAUCUAACUAGUUUUGAAAAAGGAUUGUUCAAAGAAAUCGAAGAGUAUUUGGCACCUUUAAGUACUCAAUCAGAAGCUAUAUUCUCUGGUCAUUUAAUGAGAUUCAAUGCAGUAAUUAGCACAAUCAUUAUUCUAAAGCAUGAGAAAGUUGAUUCACAACUUUUCAACAAGUUAAAGUUGGGUGCCUUAACAUUUUUAAACAAUGUCGAUUUAAGAAUAAAACCAAACAUUUUGAAAGCAGCCAUCGAUAGGUCAUUGGCAAUUUUCAGGAGUGUUAAACCAAGGGUGAAGAUUGAAGAAUUUGAAAAAAUUCAUAUGUUAGAGUUGAAAUUAUUUCAUCUUGCAGAGAUUGCUAUCGAUGAUGUUGAAUGGAUCAAAAAACUUAGAGAAGAACUGAUCAAGAAAGAUGUUUUGUAUUCGACUGCUACUGAAGAAGCGACUGCAGAUGCAAUAAAAUUUGAAUACAGUGAUAGACUUACGUCAAAGAUCAAGGAACUACGAAGCAUUUUAAAGAGAAGUGGUUUGGACGGAAAGAUAGUUAAGAACUUUUCUCAUAAGCAACUAAUGCUACUUCCUGUGAUAAAGAUGCUUGUCUUGGAUAUAAUGUCAAUUUUAGUCAGUGCGAAAAAGUGUUUGGAGAAGAACACCUUUCUCAUGGAUGAAAAUGUCCCUCUACUGAUUGGAAAAUGCUUACGUGAUCAUUUAGCACAUAAUAAUGCCACAGUUGAUUUGAUUUUGGAUGACCCAGAUCUGUCUGUUGUCCUCAAUGCGAAGAAACUCGCUAGUAUUGAAAAUUUGAUUAAUUGUACAAGUAAAGUUGGUAAAUUUAUGGUAGAAAAUCCCUUCACACUAAGAGACAAGCACAAUCAAGAGCUGAAUAUCAUUACGAAUCAAGAAAAAAUGUUCUCUGCUCUCGUCAAAGGAAAUACAGAAUUAUUUGAAAAUUGUCUCAAAGAAGGAUCAGAUAUCCGUUCAAGGAGUAAUAAUCUUUCAACAGCAGUGCAUUUUGCCUGUAAAGGCUCAAAUCUUGAGGUUUUACAAUCUCUUUUAAAACAGAACUUGAGCCCAAACACGAGAAAUAUUGAUGGCCAAACUGCUCUUCACAUGGCAGCACAGCACGGAAAUCAUAAUGUCGUGCUUUUCUUGUUAAAAGAAGUCAAAUUAAAAGUUGAUGACAUCGAUAACUUCGGAAGAACGCCAUUGCACCUAGCUGCCAAAAAUGGUCACUUAGAUUGUGUCAAAGUUUUAUUGAGGAAUAAUGCCAGUACUUUAGUUGAAGAUGGCCAGAGGUUCUCUCCAUUACUUCAAGCAGUCAGAAAUAAGCAUUUAGCAGUAGUCAAAAUUCUGAUGGAAACAAAGAGAAACGUUAGUAUCAACUCAUCUUCUUCUGAUGGUUAUACCUUGUUACACUAUGCUGCAGGAGGUGGAUCUCUUGAUUUGGUUAACUUUUUGCUGCUUAAUAAUGCCAAUGUUAAUGCUCAACAUGAUUAUGGUGAGGCCCCAUUGCACUUAGCGGCAAGUAAUGGUCAUUUGAAUGUGACCAAGGCUUUGAUUCAAAACGGAGCUGAUGUGAACUGUAGAACCAUCCAAGGUUUUACUCCUUUACACAGUGCAGUAAUAUCCGGGCAUGAGACAAUAGUGAGGGUUUUGUUGCAACAUGGUGCAAAUCCAAACAUAUGUGUAUUUGAUGAAGCAAAGGCUUACACACCUCUACAUUUUGCAGCGGAACAAAACUGUAAUGGAAUCCUUUGUGCAUUACUAGAGUAUAAAGCUAAUGCUGAUAUUCCUACUUUGACCGGUGAAACUCCAUUAUCUAUUGCCGCAAAAUUUGCUUCCCUAAAAAUCGUUUCAACUCUCCUCAAACACGGCGUUGACAUCCAAGCUUCAACUAAAGUUAAUCCCUUGCAUUAUGCAUCUGCUAGAAGCCAUAUUAAAGUCACUGAAUUGUUAAUAAAAAGUGGAAUUGAUGUAAAUUCCAAAGAUGCCAGUGGAAGAACACCAUUACAUACUGCUGCACAUUUCGGUGAUGUAGACAUAGUCAGACUUUUAAUAAAACACAAAGCUAUGGUAAAUACUCAGUGUGUCAGUGGUUUUACCCCAUUACAUCUAGCUGUGGUGUCUGGAAAUAUUGCUAUCAUUGAUGUUUUAAUAAGAAAUGGAGCUGACGUUAACAUUAAGAAUAGCGAUGGAACCACAGCAAUUCAUUUUGCAGCGUUGAAUGGAUGCCAGGAAGCAGGCAGUAUUCUAAUUAGUAAUAAUGCUGACAUAAACAUAAAAACAAACAAUAAUACCGCACCUUUGCAGACUGCUAUUAAGGUAGGGCACCUAAACAUAGUAAAGCUUUUUUUUAAUGUGAGCAAUGCCAAUAAGGCGGAAUAUUUUAAUGAAUUAGGAGCCUUACACCUUGCCGCUGAAGUGGGCAACAAAGAAAUAACAGAAUUUUUAAUAGCAAUCGGGGCAAGUGUUAAUUUGAAAUUUCGCAGCCAUGGACCAUUAAUCCAUGCCGUGAAAUGUAAUUGUGUGGAAAUUGUGGAGUUACUUCUUGACCAUGGGGCCAAUGUCAAUGAAAAUAAUGGUGAACCCUUGUACCUUGCAAUCGACUAUGGUUUCAAAGAUGUCUUUGAGAUUCUUUUGAAAAAUGGGGCCCAAGCUGAUAGGAAAAUAAGUGGGGAUGCCACCUUGCUACAUUUUGCUGCAAAUAAAGGAGAUGCAAGAAUGGUGAUUGCAUUAAUUAAUAGAGGAGCUAAAAUUAAUGCUUUAGCUGCAAGCGGUGUAACGCCAUUAUCAGUAGCAUCCAUGCGAGGUCAUGUAGAAGUUGUUAAGGCUUUAAUUAUGAAAAAGGCCGAUACAAAUAUUUCUAGUGAUGCGGGCCCUCCAUUACAUGUAGCUGUAGCUCACGGCCAUCUAAAAGUCGUUGAAAUUCUGUUGAAGAAUGGCGCUAAAACUAACCUCACAGGUCCUAGGAAUACAACUCCAUUAGAACUAGCUGUUGUUAGAGGUGAUUCACAGAUAGCUCAAAUGCUACUCAAACUACCGGAAGGAAAUGAAAUAGAUGUUAAUAUUAGAGUUGACCAUGGAAGAACAUUAUUGCAUCAAGCUGCUUUGCAAGGUAAUUUAGAACUAGUGAAGCUCCUGACGGAUCAUGGAUUUGAUGUGAAUGCUAUGGAUGACUCAGGUGCAAAACCUAUUCACUGUGGAGCAACUGCAAACAAAAAAGAAACCAUUGAGUUUUUUUUGAACAAGGGACUAAGCAUGCAUGAAAUUGAUGCCUUUCGACGGACUCCAUUACACUAUGCUGCUGCAAAAGGUAGCAUAGAAGUUACGAAUCAUCUCAUUACCCGAGGAGCAAACAUUAAUUCUGAAGAUGUUGAUGAUUUAAAACCUAUACAUGUUGCAGCUGCUAACAAUCAUAAGGAAAUUAUAAAAAUCUUUUUAAGGAAUGGAUCAUCUUAUUGUGCUAUGGAUAAGUUUAAAAAGAAACCUCUUGAGUACUCUUUAAAUGAAGAAGUCAAAGGUUUGCUGUUAUCUACCGAGAAAUUAUUUGAUUGCUUAAAACAAAAUAAUCUUUCAGAACUUGCAACUUUGGUUAAGGCAGGGGCUUGCGUCGAUUUGAUACAUCCCCAAUUUGGAACUCCUUUACACUAUGCUGUUUGGAAAGGUUAUGACAAAAUUGUUGAGUGUCUUUUGGAAAAUCAUGCCAAUCCAAAUACAGUCACGGAAAAAGGUUUUACCCCCCUGCACUAUGCUGCUAAGUACUCUCGCUCACAGUCGGUUAUCAGUUUACUGCACAAGGGUGCAAUGUAUAACUUUGCUUCCAAUAGUGAAAAAAUGCCUCUGCAUUUUGCCAAAGAUGUUAAAAUUAUGUGGCUUUUAAAAAUGAUCGACCACGCCUUCAGAAGCGUGAAAAAUGGUAAUGUUCAAUUUUUGUGUGAUAUCAAGAAAGUAACCGAUAAGGAAAUUGUGAAAGCGAUAAUGCAAGCAUGUAAUGAAGAAAACCGCACUCUAAUAGUGGUUGCCAUUCACCAUAAAUUUCCUUUGGUAAAACAGUUGAAAGAGGUAUUUCAAUUUUCUGGGUCCAUCGAAGCUGUCAGGCAGUUGAUUCAUUCCAAAAAUGAGAGCGCUCGCAGUGAAAGUAUGUUAGAAAACCUUUAUGAAAAUAGAAGAGAUAUUUUAGGAGAGGACAGCCCAGGCACUUGGGAUGUGCAGGUACUGAUGGCUGAACUGAAGUGCACACAAGGGCACUAUCAAGAGGCUGUGAACAUUCUGAAUAAUGUCAACAAAAAGCAAAUAGAAAUGCUAGGCAACAAUAGUGAUGAUACUCUGCUGUCAAGGAGAAUGAUAGCAUUAGUAUUGUCUAAAUCAGGAGAUUUCGAAAAAUCAUACACAAUUUUUCAGGAAAUUUAUCGCGCUAGGAAAAGAAUCUCAGGACCAAAUCAUUUUGACACCUUAGAUGCUUUAUUUGAUGUGACUGCAACUUUGGGUAAUUUAGGGAAGUGUGAGGAAGCUUUCAGAAAUUUUCAGACAAUAUUUGAAUUUAGAAAAAAACUUGUGGGCGAAAACCACGAGGCUACUUUAUUCGCAAGAAGUAAUAUGGCAGCUAGUUUAGCAAACCUAAAAAAAUUCGAAGAGGCAUUAGAAAUUUUUAAAGAAGUUCAUGCGAAAAGAAAAAUCGUUCUUGGCAUUCAUCAUCGUGAGACUCUGAGUACCCUGCAAAACAUUGCACAAAUGUACCUUUCUCUAAAGAAAUAUCGCAACGCCUUAAAUGCUCUCGAAGAGGUCUUCAAUAUUCAAAAAGAUAAGUUAGGGCCCAAUCAUUAUGAUACCUUAUAUUCUCAAGCUACUAUCGCUGAAACUUUAUCUUUACAAAACAAGAUCCAUUCCUCUCUGAAAAUCUCAAAAGAGGUACUAGAGCGGAGUAAGGCUCUUUAUGGACUCGAUCACCCACUUGUAAUCAAAGUAUCUAAAACAAUUAAGGAAACCAAUCUGCGGUUGAGGAUGGAAGGCAUAAAUAUUACAGAGCAGAAAAAUAUAUACAUUGCAGCCUCUGAAGGAGACUUGAGGACUAUCGAGAGACUUUUUUACACUGGAGUAGGUGUCAACGAUAAAGAUGCUGAAGGCAGAUCACCUUUACAUUAUGCAGUUAAUAAUGGACAUUUUACCGUCGUAAAAUUUCUACUAGAAAACGAAGCUGAUCCGACUCUUACUACUAACAAAGGCAAUUCUCCGUUGCACACUGCUGUAGCAAAAGGUGACAAAACAGUCGUUGAAAUUUUAUUUCAGUAUGUCCCCGAAAAUAAAUUAAAUCAUUUCAUCAACCUCAAAACAACCGCUAGUGGUAAUUCAGCUUUACAUAUUGCGACCAGAAAUGGUAAUUUGGAUGUUGUCAAAUCUUUAUUGAAUCAUGGUGCAAAGUACAGUAUUAAAAAUCAAGAAAAUAAAACACCCCUUGAUGUAUCUAUAAAUCGGACUAUUUCUGCACUUUUAGAAGAAAUGGAGGGUUUGUUUGAGGAUGCCGUGAAAGGUACCACCGAAAUCGUCGGAAAAUUGAAAGCAAUGAAUACAGAUGACUUUAAGGUAGUGACAAAUGCUCGUAAUCAUUCAGGGCAUACUCUCUUUCAAUUAGCGUUCCAGGCAGCAAAAAAACAUGAAUAUAUUGUGAGUCAAUUUUUGGGGAUGUAUUGUUCCAAUGCAUCAUCUAAGUAGUUUUAUCUAGGACUGAAUUUCAACAUUCUCAAGGGCAAAUGUGUUUUUAGCUCUUAUUUUUUUUUUUUUUUUUAAUUAAAAAGUCAACAAACAAAAAUAUUCCUAUUAGCCAUUACAAAUUAAAAAAUUUCUAUUUUCCGUGAUAUCUCAUAUUUUGAGGGUGGUAGUCAUAAUUUUUUUAUUGUUGCAAAAAUGAAUAAGCUCAGUUGUGCUGUUCAUCAUGUUUCCCCUUUUUUAUCAAUUAUUUUUAAGUACCUGCCUUUUACAUGUCUAUGUGUGUAUUGAAUGUUAUUGCAUGGAGAGACAUGAAUUAUAUUUUUGUUAUCCUAUCAUUUAUGUUGCUAUCUUGUUACGUUUAUGUGUUGCGGGAUGCAUCAAAGGACACAACUAGUACCUGAAAAAAUGGGGCAGGAAAAGGGUUGCACAAAAGAAAUGAAAAACAUAAAGGAUUGAACAUUUCCAUGAAAUAUUUCUUGAAAUUUCACCAAGCCACGAAAAAUAUGAAAACUAUUAAUGACCAAAGUGCAAAACCUCAUAUCUCCAUCGCUGUUUCAACAUUUUUGCUACUCUUUUUAUUUUCUCUAAAAGCAGCAAGCUACACAGCUUGAAAUUCGUCUAGAAUAUUCUGCUAACUAGAAAAAUCAAGGAAGUUUUUGAGAACUUACGUUAACUAGUUUUCUGAAGAAGAAAUAAAGUAAGACAAGAAGUCUACAACAUCGCAAACGGAGAUACCUGGUUUCGUUAUGGACAUGGAUAUGAAAUACAUUUUCAGUGGUUAGGUAUGUAACUUGCUUAAAAAAUCAGCAACAAGCUAAACCCCAUAAUUUUUUGCAUUUAAUUUCAUUUAGUAUUUUUCAAUACCUUUCCAAAAUUUCCGAAAUUUCAUAAAAUAUUACACAUGAAAUUUAAAAAUCUCAUUCUUCUUGAAAAAUUGCAACUCUGGAGGAAUGCUCCAUUAGUAACUUCCAAGCUAUGAAAAGUUUCUGAUCAUACCAAAAUAGAACAUCCACAAACCAUGGAUCCUCAUUCUCAGAUCAAUUUUUCGGUUAAGUAUUUUUAAGAAGUGUUCAAAAAAAAAAAAAAAAAAACAGCAUAUGUAUUUCUCUGAUUUUUCUAUCAGUUUCCUCUGAUAUCUUUUUACCUCAUUAAUCGUUCAAUAGAAAAAAACCAAGAUCACAAAUGAUAUUGAACUGAGAAUGACUGAUGUAAUAUCUUAAACUAAUUAAGGGGAAUGCAAACGCAAUUUUCUCAUCAAGUAUUUUUCAUUUAUUAUCUUCAGUUUUCGGUCCAUACAUGUACCAUCCCGUUGUGCCUAAUAAACGAAUUUAAAUUGUGG